GUUCAUACAGAUUAAUAUUUCUGGAAACUUUAAAAUGCUAGAAACAAGCAGCCCAAAGCGAACUAAAUCCAAAUAAACAAUAAAUGAUUUUAAAUUUUAUUUGAACCAUAAUAAUACUUUUUUCAGUAUUUAUUUUUAUGUAAUUCUUCAGCCAGCAAUUUUUUACAAUGUCAAGUAUUCAAGUGACACCAUUGGGUGCUGGGCAAGAUGUAGGAAGAAGCUGUAUCCUACUCACAAUUGGUGGCAAAAAUAUUAUGUUAGACUGUGGAAUGCAUAUGGGUUUUAAUGAUGAUAGGCGUUUUCCAGAUUUCUCAUUUAUUUCCCAAGACAACUUAAAUCAACACUUAUCUUGUGUUAUAAUAAGCCAUUUUCAUUUAGACCACUGUGGAGCUUUACCAUAUAUGACUGAAAUGGUUGGGUAUAAUGGUCCCAUUUAUAUGACAAUGCCUACAAAAGCCAUUUGUCCUAUUUUGUUGGAAGAUUAUAGAAGAAUUACCGUUGACAAAAAGGGAGAAACAAAUUUUUUCACUUCUACAAUGGUCAAAGAUUGUAUGAAGAAAGUAACAACUGUUGGCUUGCAUGAAACUGUACAGGUUGAUGAUGACCUUGAAAUCAAAGCUUAUUAUGCUGGACAUGUGUUAGGUGCAGCAAUGUUUUUGAUAAAAGUUGGAUCACAAUCAGUAGUCUACACAGGAGAUUUUAACACCACUCCAGAUCGUCACUUGGGGCCUGCGUGGAUUGAUAAAUGCAGGCCAGACCUGUUGAUUACAGAGUCCACAUAUGCUACUACUAUUAGAGACUCUAAACGUUGUAGAGAAAGAGAUUUUUUGACCAAAGUACAUGACUGUGUCGAAAAAGGUGGUAAAGUUUUAAUUCCAGUUUUUGCACUGGGUCGUGCUCAAGAGAUGUGUAUUCUUCUUGAAACUUACUGGGAGAGAAUGAAUCUUAAAAUACCCAUAUAUUUUGCUGUUGGUCUAACUGAAAAAGCUACCACUUUUUAUAAGAUGUUCAUAACUUGGACCAACCAAAAAAUCAAGAAAACAUUUGUGCACCGUAAUAUGUUUGAUUUCAAACAUAUCAAGCCCUUUGACCGUGCCUAUAUAGAUAAUCCUGGUCCUAUGGUUGUUUUUGCAACUCCAGGAAUGUUGCACUCUGGACUAUCAGUUCAAAUAUUCAAAAAAUGGGCACCAAAUGAAAAUAACAUGUUAAUUAUGCCAGGCUAUUGUGUAUCUGGAACAAUUGGUCAUAAAGUAAUUAGCGGUGCCAAGAAAAUUGAAUUUGAAAAUCGCCAGAUUGUAGAAGUUAAAAUGUCUGUGCAGUAUAUGUCGUUCAGUGCACAUGCUGAUGCAAAGGGAAUCAUGCAACUAAUUCAGCAUUGUGAACCAUCUAAAGUGUUGCUGGUGCACGGAGAAGCUUCAAAAAUGGAGUUCCUGGCAAAGAAAAUCACUCAAGAACUUGGUAAAGAAUGUUUUAUGCCAGCAAAUGGUGAGACCAUUUCCUUUGAUACACCAGUAUCUGUGCAAGUUGAUACGUCACUAAAUCUAUUGAAGAAGCAACUCUUUGUAGAAGGAGCAGUCACAACUACUGCCAAAAGAAAAAAUGUGUUGCAUGGAAUGCUUGUGAUGAAUAAUAACAAAAUCCGUCUGAUGGAGCCAGAUGAAGCCAUGUCUGAAUUAGGUCUUGUUCCUCAUCAGAUUCGUUUUACCUCCACAAUACUUGUAGAUGAUCCCUCGGGUGCUCCAGCCUCAAGACUCACCGAUGUCAUCUUUGCUAAAAUAAAGAGCUUAUUAGAGAAUAAAACUGUGCAACUGGCACCAGAUUGUUCCAUUACUGUUGCAUCUGUUCUGAUCAAAGUAGAUGUUUGUGAAGACGAUACCAAGAGCAUUUGCUUGUCUUGGGGUUAUCAGGAUGAAGAACUUGGGAAACACUUGCUUCCCCUUAUUAAGAAAUGGGCUACUGAAACCAAGUAAACCUUCAUUUACUGGUCUAUAAUUCAUGUUACAGAGUGAAGUUGACUUUGGUGAAAUGAAAUGUGAUGAGUUUGAUGUAUAAAAUUUGAAGUGAUAUUCAUUUUGUUAAAUAUGCGCUUGUGUAAAUAAAUUGCUUUGUUUUAUGAA